AUGGCUGUAAAUCCUCCUGUGAAACUGAAAUGGUUGGAGCAUCUGAAUGCUUCUUGGAUCUCAGAAGAUGCAGAGACAAUAGCAAGUCGUGAAGGAGUCAUCACACUGUAUGAUAGACUGUUGAUCAAUAAAGAGGUUCUUGCUUUACCAAGACAAGCACUCCAUCUGAAAGGACCACAGUUGCCUGAUUUUGAAAGAGAAAUACUAACACAGGAAGAACAAGAACACUAUUUAGAUUCUUUGUUGAAUAGUCAGUUGAUGCUCGCUAGGUCAGUCUGCUCGGAGUCACCAUUCGCUUCAACUCUGCGGAAAAGGCUUGUAGUAUUACAGAGAAUAUUUUAUGCUAUUUCCAAUAAAUUUCAUGAUAAAGAAAAAGUGCAACAACAACAGCAAGCGCAAGAAGGACAGUCAAAUGUAGUGGAUGAUAAAGGUAGCUCGUUGAAAUCUAGAUCUGGAACAGAGGCUUUGAUAGAAAUGGGAGUUAGAACUGGCCUAACUUUGUUGUUCUCACUACUGCGUCAAAGUUGGAUUGCUCCAGGACCAAGUGGAAACAUCCACUUGUGCAAUGAUGUUCUGCUUACAGCUACAGAGGUAGUCAGUUCAUUACCACCACUUUCAUUGGCAAAUGAGAGUAAAAUCCCACCAAUGGGAUUAGAAUGUCUGAAACAAGUCACAGGAUUUCUUAAAAGUGCCACCAUGCCUACAUCUGGGGCUGAUAUAAUGGGGAAGAGACUCGCUUCUGAACUGCUUCUAGGGAUUUCUGUUCAGAGAGGUUCGUUACAAUAUUUGCUGGACUGGGUUGAAAUGGCAUUAGGUGCAUCAGCUGCUGCAUGUGGAGCUGCUACUACAGAGAAUGUUCUGAAUAAACCUGGUAUGAUCUCUUCUGAAUUCUAUAGCAUUGCAUUACAGCAGAUGAAGAAGGCAGAUGGAUCAUGUAGUGAUAGAAACUCUGCAUUGGCUGAGAUUACAUCAUGUGAUGGACUCUCACCUUUAUACCAAGCUGCCAUGUGUCUCAUUGAAGAGGUGUGUAAAUUAGCAUCUGAGUAUGCAAAGACAUGCAUCUCCCCUGAUGAGAAUAAGAAUUGCAGUAAAGAAAACAGUAAUAUAGUUUCUGAGAAUUGCGAAGUGUUUGUCUGGGGGAGUAACAGUAGUCAUCAACUUGCUGAAGGAAGUCAGGAGAAGAUAUUACAACCUAAAAUGGCACCUUCCUUUUCUAAUGCUGUUGUGAUUGAGUCUGGUCAGUAUUGUACAUUUGUCAUUUCACCUGAUGGAUCAGUAAGAGCUUGUGGAAAAGGAAGUUAUGGACGUCUUGGCCUUGGAGAUUCAAAUAAUCAACCACAACUUAAAAAAAUCAAUUUUGAAACACACGUCAUACGGAAAACCUCUUCAUCUAAGGGUUCUGAUGGGCAUACUUUAGCUUUGACAGCAGAAGGUCAGGUAUUUAGCUGGGGAGAUGGUGACUAUGGUAAACUAGGUCAUGGUAACAGCUCUACACAGAAAUACCCUAAAUUAAUCCAAGGUCCUUUGACUGGAAAGAUUGUUAGAUGUAUAUCAGCUGGUUAUCGACACAGUGCAUGUGUAACUGAAGAUGGUGAAUUAUACACUUGGGGAGAAGGAGAUUAUGGUAGACUAGGUCAUGGUGAUAGUAAUAGUAAAAGUUUACCAACAUUGGUUAAAGAUAUCAGUAACGUUGGUCAAGUGUCUUGUGGGAGUUCCCAUACAGUAGCUGUAUCUCAAGAUGGUAGAACAGUUUGGUCAUUUGGUGGCGGUGAUAAUGGUAAACUUGGUCAUGGAGACACUAAUAGAGUGUAUAAACCAAAAGUUGUUGAAGCAUUGAUUGGUUUAUAUUUGAGAAAAGUUUGCUGUGGGAGUCAGUCCACAUUAGCUCUGACAUCCACUGGACAGGUAUAUGCUUGGGGUUGUGGUGCAUGUCUAGGUAGUGGGUCAUCAGAGUCUACAGCUCUCAGACCUAAACUCAUUGAAGACCUUCAGUCUACCAGAAUUGUGGAUAUAGCUUGUGGAGACAGUCACUGCCUUGCACUUAGCCAUGACAAUGAAGUAUAUGCAUGGGGUAAUAAUGCCAUGGGACAGUGUGGUCAGGCCCAUACUACUAGUCCUAUUACAAGACCAAAGAAAGUACUUGGCUUAGAUGGAAUAAAUGUGAAUCAGAUAUCUGCAGGUACAUCACACAGUAUUGCAUGGACUGCUUUACCAACUGAUAGACAAGUUGUAGCAUGGCAUCGACCAUUCUGUGUUGAUCUUCAAGAAGGCACAUUUUCACAUUUAAGAACAUUUCUAGAACGUUAUUGUGAUGGAUUUGAUAGUCCAACACCACCCCAGCCAUUCCCUACUGCUAGAGAACAUCAUCAUUUUGUACUACUUUGUCUUCGACUUCUUUGUACUCAUUUACAACUUGCCCUAGCUGGUGGUGUUGCUGCAACUAUUCUAGGCACUCAAUCUGGACCACUCAGACAUUUACUCUUCAGAUUAAUGGACUCAAAUACACCAGAAUCUGUCCAACAGGCUGUCAGUGAAACAUUAUCAGUUGGUGCUCCAUUAUUACUUCCACCAUUGCGAGAGAGGAUGGAAUUACUACAUUCAUUAUUGCCACAAGGACCUGAUAGGUGGGAUGGCUUAUCCAAAGGACAGAGAAUGCAGUUAGGUAUAAUUCUAACCAGUCUACAAGAUAAUACUCAUGUAGCUUCACUUCUGGGAUUCUCAUGCCCUCUGGAUAUGGAUCUUGAACCACGUACUAGUCAGCCUACUACAAGUCAACAAGACAUGCAUCUUGCUGAAGUCUUAAUGAAAACAUUGCUUAGAAAUCUGGGCUUUCAUACUGAACAAGCAUUUGGUGAACUUGAAAAGAAUAGCGAUAAAGACCCAAGUUCAAUUUCCUGUGAAGAUGAUGCUCCUCCUUCUCACUUACGUGAAUUAUUAGCAUCAUUACAGAAACAUCUUUUAGCAUAUAUUCAUGUCAAUGCAUAUGAAGAAACUCGAUGUGCUUCCAGUGUGUCAUUACUUCAUAACCAUUUGUCAUUACUUCUACCACAUGCUGUUGAAGUUCUGAAUAGAUCAAUAACAUUACUCCAGGAGAGUGCAGGUGUGAGCUCAUCAGCAGUCAGAGAUAAACUAAGAGAUGUUCUUUAUAGUUCUGCAGCAGGUGCAAUGUUAUCCCAAAUCAUCCAUUCAUUGUUGUUGUUACCAUUCCUCAUAGUACAGCCAUUAUUGCCAGCAUUGUUGUCGUUAUUACCACAGCUAGAUAAAUUGAACCGACUACUUCCAGCAGCAGCUCUUCUGGAAGAACAGGAAUUAGAAUGGCCUAUUCAUGCCACACCAGAUAGUAUUGAUCCUGCAGCAUUACCACUACCACAACCUGCUAAGUCUUGGGUAUGGCUAGUGGAUUUAGAACGUGCUGUUGCAUUAUUAGUUGGACGUUGUCUGAAUGGCAUGCUGAUUGGGGUACCAUUAACUAAUGAAGAAAAGGAUACACAACACUGGAUAAAAUCUCACCUGCUAAGUAAUGGAUUGGAACAAGACCAACAAUCAUCCAGAUGUGAUAAAGAUCUUAGUUAUAUAACAGAAGCAGUUUUAUCGAACGGAGACGAGCAACACUUCUAUGAGCAACAGCAGCAAUCAGCUGACAAUAACAUUCUGAUGGACAUCAUAUUAGGUGUUAGUAGAGAACCUGCACAUUCUAUAUUUAUGAAUAUGAUGGAGUAUGCUGCUACCAGAGAUUGGGAUACUUGUGAAAUAACAGAGGAACCCAUGUUAGAUGCUGCUUCCAGAUGUACUUUAGCUUGCCUUUUAAAACACUGUCAUCUUUUAUCGGCUGCUUCCCACAGAAAGAGUGCAAGUAAGUCUCUUGUUGAGGCAUAUCGAUGUGUUUAUAUGGUUAGAAGAAGAUUGCUGGCAACCAAAGCAAUGCAACAAGCUAAACAGGAAAUGAAGAAAAGAGUGCGAACACGAUUAGAAAGUGAUGUGUCGGAUGAUGCCGGGACAGACGAUAAUGAUACAAGUAGAGAAGAAGUUAAUGAAAGAGAUCCUGAAAACAGAGAAGUACCUUGUCUUCCAAGUACACCACAAACAAACCAAGAAUCUAAAGAUAAUUCUGACCAGGAUAAUUUUAUUGAAUCCUGCAAAUCUUUGAUAAAACGAUGUGUUUUCCUUGUGACUGAUGUUUGUAGUGCUAUUCCCGGAGAAGAUGAUAUUCUGAAACCAACUUCCACUAAAAAGCCAUUAACACCUGUCAGAGAGAACUAUACUGAGUCUGAUCAUUUGAAGUAUCCUGAACGAACAGUGAGCCAACCAGAGUUUGGAAAUAUUCCAAGACCUGAUGAACAAAGGCUUUCACCUUGCUCAUCACACAGUAGAAGUGAUCAUGGUUUGAGUACUAGUGGAUCUCAGGUGUUUGGAUCACUGGUGUCUGUAAAGGAAGCAUGGAAAAGACUGAGAUGGAGACGAGAUAGAAUGGGUUUACAUGGAACAUCUGGUCAUAACUUAGCUGAAUAUCGUAGCAUUGCUCAUCAAACCACAGCAUUUAUGAUCAAGAAUUUAACAAGUGAAAUUGCUGACUUUGUUUGUGGGGAGUUUACUAAGCCUGAGUCUGGUCUUAGUGAUUUUGAGGCUGUGGGUACGUCAUCAGAUCCUUGUAUACUCACAUCAUCCAUGCAGAUGCAACAACAUAGAGCUGAGAUGAGAGUUGCAUCAUUAAAUCAAAUACUGUCUUUGCUGAAUGGUAAAGAUGAUGACAAACCUGACAAACCAAAAUCUAAGAGUAGAGAUACUCUUCUCGUAGCACCAUUUACUUCAAUAUCAUUAUUGAGUUCUGUACAUUUACAAUAUUUACUUGGAUGUUUUGGUCUUGGUAUGUUGGAACCAAUUAUGGAUGGUCCGUAUGUGCCCCAUCUUUAUCAUUACCAGGAUGGUGUAAAAGCAGCAAGAUCUAGUACUCAACAGGAAAUUCAAUCUGUAGUACACAAGAUUUAUGAACAUUUAGUUUGUACCUUAUCAGAAAAAGAACAUGAUCAGAGAGCAGGGAAAGGAGCAAGACAACGGUUGCUGUUGACAACUAUAUUUGCUCUAAGUGUUAAGUACCAACCUGUUGAUAUAUCAUUAGCUGUUUCUACUGGCAUGUUAACGUUACUAUCACAACUGUGUGGUCAUCAGGCAACAUUCAAACCAUUAGUGCCAUGGUUAUCAAGAAGUGUGUCGCAACUGAACACAAUAUUACAAGUAGCAAGUAUGAGAUUGCUGCAGAUAUUAGCUGUUACAACAGGAACUUAUGCUGAUAAAUUAAGUUCUAACAUAAUCCAAGCCGUUAUGGAUCUUCUGUGCAAUCAGUUGAACAACCUGCUUGAUGUUGCCUGUGGCUAUGCUAACAAACCUCAUGCUUCACUCAAACCUCAUGAGAAAACACUGAAGGAAGACAAAGAUGAAAAUGAAACAAAAACUGGUCAGCAAGAUCCUUCCAAGAAAGCUGAUCCUAGGAGGCCUUUGAAACCAAUAAGUGAACGUUCAAGGAAACUAGCAGAGACCUCAUUGGGUGACUUCUUAGUGUUCUUAAGACGUGUAGCAUCUUCUAGAGUUGUUCAGCAACAGAUUAGUGACAGGAAAUGGUGUAAUCUCUUGCUGUCUAUUGCUGGAAACAAACCAGGUACUGCAACUCCACUGGUAGAGAAUGUGAGGACUCGACUUCUAGCUCUUCACUUAUUGGAAGCUGUCUUACCAGCAUGUGAUGUCAAUACACAUAGUGAUCACAUCAAAUCUGUUGUGGAUGUUUUAUUUUCUAAUCUUUCGGAAAGUUUCUGGUGUGUGCCGCAAGCUGUGAGUGAACCAGUAACUUCAGAAAAGUUUCUGACAAAAGGUUCAACAUUCCAGGAGGAAGAAGAUGAAGAUAAGUUAGCAAUGCAGGAAGCCACAUUUGAUGGUGAACGAACAGUUUGUUGUAGUGGUGAAAAUGGCCAUACUCUCGUACAUGGAUCUGGUGGUAGAGGCUAUGGUUUGGGAUCAACAGGAAUUACGUCUGGUUGUUAUCAAUGGAAGUUUUUCAUUGUAAAAGAGAAUAAAGGAAAUGAAGGAACAUGUGUUGGAAUAUCUAAAUAUCCAGUACGAGAUUUCAGUCACAGAACAACAUCUGACAUGUGGUUAUAUAGAGCUUACAGUGGGAAUUUAUAUCAUAAUGGUGAACAUUCAUUAACAUUGCCAGGAUUUACGCAAGGAGAUUAUAUUACAUGUGUAUUAGACAUGGAAGCUAGGACAAUCUCAUUUGGAAAAAACGGAGAUGAACCAAGACUUGCCUUUGAAGAUGUAGAUGUGACUGAACUUUAUCCAGUAGUUAUGUUUUACAGCAGUAAUCCUGGAGAAAAGGUUAAAAUCUGUGAUAUGCAAGUAAGAGGUGCACCAAGAGAUUUGUUACCUGGUGACCCGCUCUGUGCUCCACUGUCAGCUGUUAUAGCAGAAGCUAAUGUAGCACUUAUAAGAUUACUGCAUAGAAAUGGAAACUGGACACAAGCUAUCAAUAAAUGUAUUCUAGAAAGAUUUUCAUCUAUCAAGAAAAUAACAGAGUUGUUGGAAGGAAAAGCUGAUGAUGUUAAAAAUAACAAGAAAGAUGAUACGGAGGAGUCAACAAAAGAGGAUAAAGAUGGAAAACUAACUAAGCAUGAAAAUGUGUCAGAAGACAAAUUGCAAGAAAUAUUACAAACUGAAAGCGAGCAAAAGGAUUCUGAUAAACCAGAUGAUACAGUGACAGCAGAUGAUAAAUCUGAUGAUGUUGUAGAAACCGAAAAAGAGGAAGUUACUUUGAAUAGUUUGUGCCAGUAUGUAUGGCCAGCGUUGUCUGUUAUUGGUGGUGUUGAUAGAGGGUUGCGAGUUGGCGGUAGAUGUGUUCACAGACAGACAUCGAGAGAAGCUACACUAUUGGGAGUUUUAAAAGAAGGUGGCACAUCUGGAAAAGUUCAAUGGGAGGAUGCUGAUGCCACAAUCAGUGACACAGCGAUAUCUAAUUUGGAUGCAAUAGAACCAGUUGGAUUUGAUUCAAGCAAACUGAAUGGACUGUCAGCAUCACAUCUGAUGGAAUUAAUGAAGCUGUCAUCAAUCAUUGAAGACAAUGCUGCUGCAGAGUUGAAGCUUGCAUCGGCUAGAAAAUACAAGACUGAAAAGUCAUUACAGAGAGAAUCAGAACAAGGUUCGCUAGAAAAAAGUUUAGAUGCCGACAUUGCCAGUGCAAUGAAUGUAGAUGAAUGUAGUUCAGGAGCUAGUACACCAAGGGAUACAACUGUUGAAAUGACAGAAAGAGCAGUAUCAACUGAAUACCCUGAAUCACUUGAUUAUGCCGUUACAACAGCGAUAACAGUGAUCUCAGAUUCUAGUGGGACUGUGAGUAGAAAGCAAACUGCCCAACUUGCAUCUCCUGAAUCCAGUUUGUCUGAUUCUUCACCAGUGAAUGAACCCACAGGCCUAUCUACUGCCAGUGCUGCCACACAAGCUGGUGAAACGAUUGCUGCAAGUAUCACUACUCAAUUAGUAGAUGAGGUUUUUCAAAAUCUUUCCUCUGAACUGCAGGGUGCUUUCACGUCUAAAUCUGGAGACAAAUCCGCAUACAUCGGUAAAAGUGCUGCACUAACACAUUUGAUGUCUGAGGAUAGACCAGAAAAUACUGAUGCACUCAGUAAAAGCACAGCACCCCCUAGUGACGUGAUGGAGCCAUGGAAAAAUGAAUGCGAGAUAAGUGCCUUACAGUCAGCAUAUCUCCAGAUUGGAGCCUUGAAAUCCCUCGCUGUUAUCAUGGGUUGCAGUAAAUUUGCUGAAAUGUUGUUGGUUCCAAAGGCUGAUCUAGAAGAGAAGGAUCCUACACCAGAAGAAACUAAGAAUGAUGAGGAUGGCGAUAAAAGUACAAAAAGUCGGGACGAAAAUGAUGAAUUAAAGGAUGUGAUGAGAACUGUUAUGAAACAGAUGGUAAAGAGAGCUGUUAUGCCGUCCCCGAUUAAAAGAAUUGUAUCAUUAAUGGAAUUAGAAAGGGCACAUGCGAUACUACUUAAGAUGGCAAUCAAUGGUUCUUAUGCAGAUAUUGGUGAACCACUGUCUAAAUCAAGUGAUGAGAGUACCAAGGCUAAUGAUGUUAAUAAAUCCACACCUUCAGAACCAUCAUCAACUCCAAAUAGUCGAACUCAAAAUCAAGAUUCAAAUGCCAAUUUUGAUGGACCUAUAGUUCGUGCAUUUGACAGACAAAGGAGUACAUUACGUUCAAACGCACCACCUUGUCUGGUCAUACCACCACAGAUUGCAACUACAUCAGAUACUCUACCUACACUGUCACCAUCAUUGUCUCCUCCAUUGACACCAGUCAUACAAGGACAGGGUGUAGUGGAGGUUGGUAGGGAGAUAACAGAUGCAGUUGCAACCUCCACAACUUCAUCCUCAUCAAGACCAUCAAGUUGUCCUCAGAGGAGAAGAUCUCCAUCGCCACCCCCACCACCACCACCACUGCCACCUCCACCGAUAGCAGUACCAUUACUAGAAAUGGGAUUUUCCAUUGGACAUAUUAAAAGGGCUAUGACUGCCACUGGCACCAGAGGAGAAGUAGAUGCUCGUAGAAUAAAUGUGUUAGCAACAUGGAUGAUAGAACAUCCCAGUACUGUAGAAGAUGAAGAUGAAGAACCUACACCUACACCUUGUAGUGAGGAACCUACACCAUCCAGACCAUUACUUUCAACUCCUGUACACCAAGCCCCAAUGGCUAUAUGUGAAAGUACUGCUAUUGAACCAAUGGAAAGGAGUGAGAUAGGUGAAAGAGAAGUUGAAAGUGAAUUAAUGCAUGUAACAAGAAAUGACCGUCCACCCACUAGACAAGGUGGUCUACAUCAAAGAUAUAGGGCUAUGGCUGAUUUGACAUCGUUAAUGACUCAUAGAGGUCGUGACAGUCAUGAAAAUGCAGAGAGAGCACAUGUGCGCGGUGAAGGCAAUGCUUUAUAUGAUACACUGUAUCUUGAUGAAGACAUAGAAAUAGAUGAUGAUCCCAUGGAAGAUCUUUUCAAUGCGGAUUUUGCAUCUGAAAGGGAACUUUUGGGACUUUGGUAUCCAGAGCUUUCUAGAGAAUUAGAUGGUGAAACUGAAAGUACAGUCAACUGUGAUUUAUGCGGUGUAACAACAAGCCAGUUCAAUCGUCAUAUGCGUACUCAUCAUCCAGGCUGUGGUGGUAGUUGCGGACAGAAAGGUUAUCGCAGUAAUGGAUCAUUCGUCGACGGUUGGUUUGGCGGUGCUUGUGGUAGUGGAAAUCCAUAUUACUUAAUGUGCAAUGAUUGCCGUGAGAAGUAUCUGGGAAAAACUAUAGAGAAAAAAAUUGCGAUUGAUUUCACUACUUCUCCUGAAGGUGGAGGUGAUGAUGAUUUAGAUGUAUCAACUUUGGAGUCAGAAUUGCAAUUAACAGGUCUGGAAAGUUUUGAUUUGAUUCAGACCAAGCUUGGUUUGACUGAUCGUAAACCAGUUCCAAGCCCAGUACAGUUUAAGGAGCCUGAUCCCUUAGGAACCACUAGUGCAGUGAUAAAGGCUAUUGGUGAUCGGAAUAACCCUACCAUGACAGUCAGUGAUACAAGAAUAAAAGAACCUUCCCAUAGUGAAAGAAUAAGUCUAGGAGAACAAGUCGCCUUAUUGAAUAGUCCACAUGAAAGAACCUUAGCACUGCAUAAGACAACCGCUGCAGCUCAAGUACUUCUUGCAAGAUCCAUGGUUAUGAGAGCUUUAUCUUUAUUGUCUAUAAGUGGAUCAGUGUGUAACCUAACAGAAGGAUUAGAGUCGUUAGGUUUGGCUGAUAUACGUCUGGUUGUACGAUUGAUGUGUUUGGCUGCAGCAGGAAGAGCCGAGUUCGCCACACCCAUGGAUGUAUUGCAUUCAUCUUUGCCUAAUAGUACUAGUAAUGGGGAUAAUAACAAUAGUUCAUCUGCCAGUCUGUCAUAUCUGAGUUCAGCCAUUGGUUCUCUAGCUUCAAACAGCCCACCAGCAUCAAAGCUUUUAAUACAACUCUGUACUCAGGUAUUAAACUUAAAAAUAUUAUACAAUGGCUGCAGGAAUUUCUCAGGCAUACCCAAACUAAUUAUCUCUAAAUCCAACUCUCAUAAUUCUGAGAUAAAUCAUGCUCAUCAGUUAAAAAUGUGUGACCUCAUGUUAGCUGCUUGUGGACUGAGUAAUUCAUUGCCUGAUCAUAAAAAGCCAGUACAUAAUACUAGAGAUGUGCCAGAGCAGCUACCAAGCUCGGACCAGAAAGUGUUAUCAUCACCGAGUUUUGCUGUUACGCAAGCACUUGUAGUACUACUUGCUAACAGUGGCACGGGAGGGCUUCCAAAACUGAAUCUACCGCCAAAUUCAAGAGAUCAUGACGCUAUUUCGUUGGAUGAUACAGAUCCUACUUCAUCCUCCUCCUCUACACCAGGUAUGCUCAGUUAUGGUCCUCUACAUUUAGCUAAUGCCUUAGCUGCCUGCUGUCUCUCUGCCAAGUUACCUUCAUUACACCGUGAAUGGGCGGCUCAACAAUUGGUUAGGAUGCUGGCUGGACAAAUGAAGGAUGGUUCACCUGUGUCUGAAUGUGGUGCAGCUGAUUUAGCGGGUGAUUUACCAAAGUGUACGCUUCUAAAGUUAGAAGCGCAUCAGAAUAAAGUUACUACGUGUACAUGGUUCGCAAAGAAAAAUAUUGUUGCUACAAGUGGUUAUGAUGGUACAGUGAGAGUCUGGAAUCUGUCCUCAAGGAUGCAACCAAUAUUACAGCAAACAUGCGUCUUUAAUAAAAAUGAUGAUACAGAGUAUCGGAAAUACUGUGCUGAAGAUUAUAGUGGUCAAGUGCUGUCGUAUAUUUCUUGGAAUGCUACUGGUAAAUUGCUGGCUGGUGCCAUUGAAAAUUAUGUAAAUAUAUGGGCUGUAUCUGGUGGACGUGGCCAUUUAGAUAUCCAGCCUCACUAUGUUACAGCUAUGACUUGGCCUCAACAUAGAGCGUUAUUUGAAGGUAGAGUCGGCACCACCAUGGAUUUACUACUUGUCGGUAGACUGGAUGGAUCUGUUGCUAUUAUUGAAGUUAUAGAUGCAUCAACUAUCAAUAGAGUUGAAUUGCAACACUGCUACAGAACAGGGGUGUCUGUAUCACAUGUAGCUUGGUAUGAUGAAGAUCGACAAUUUGCCAUUGGCUACAGUGAUGGUAUUGUACAGUUUUGUAGUAGGAAUUCAUAUGAACCUGAUCCACUUCAAACAAUUCAUGCACAUGAGAAUGGUUUAUCUUGUAUGAAGUGGGACCCAACUGGUAAUCUUCUUGCCACAUGUGCUGAUGAAAAGUUAGUCAAAGUUUGGGCUAAACUGGGAGAGAAUUGGUCACCUGUUUAUUGUCUGGCUCAUACAUCAUUUGCCGGUACAAUGGCUUGGUGUUCAGCACCCGGCAAAGGAGAUGAGCCUCUCCUCAUGCUAGCUACUGGUUGUGAGAGUGGAGUAGCAUGUGUGUGGACAAUUCCUCAACCUGGUGCAUCAGCUAAGCUGCCGACAACAUUGUAUUCAUAUAACCAGUAUAACGUUGAAGGUCAUACUGUUGAAGCUGAACAUGAACGAGAAGAAUCAUUCUCACCUCUGAAAGGAACAAGGGGAACUCGUCGUUUUGGAGUAUUUGCUAAAGAUCAAUUGUGUAAAUGUGUUAUGAUGUUAAAAGGUCAUAUAAGCUGUAUUACUAAACUUGUGUUCAAUCCUAAUGGUAUGGUAUUGGUAACAGGUUGUUGUAAAGGAUUGGUCAAUAUGUGGUCUCUCCAGUUUGGUGCUUUAAUUCAGACUCUGCCUGGUAAUGGUGGAGUGCAAGACAUGUGCUGGGCAGGAGAGUCAGGAUUAGUCAGUUGUUUUGCCAGAUCCAAAGACGUCACCAUGGUGAACUAUAGUAAUGACUGGUAUAAUAGAAAUAAAGUGUUGAUUACAGCUAGAUCAGCAUUGAAAUCACAAGGUAUAUAUGGUUUGAAUCAAGCACCUUGUCUCAAAGCACUACUGGAAAAAUUACCUAUUAUAUUACAAGAGCAGUAUAUAUAUGAAAAGAGCCAUGUACUAUGUGGAGAUCAGUUGGUACACAGUGCAUUUCUACAGUGUUUGGCAUCACUCGCCUUAGGUUUGAACUACGACAAAGUACUCUGUGUUACAUCAUAUCCACCACAUCAUAGACCAGGACCUAAUGAUGUCACAUCUGUCCCUGAAUGGUGUUGGUUGGCAUCUUUCUGUACUGCUGUUAAAUCAGCUGACUCUUUAGUUAGACGAUCAGCCUUCCCAUCAACCUUUAAAGUACCUAAUACAGAGCCUGUGAAUGAAGAUGAUCCCUUGCAGCCCAAAGAUAAUUCUGCAUGGACUUUAACUAUGGAUGAACAAAUCAUGGCUUGGGCUACUCAUAAACCAGAGGACUGGCAACUUGGUGGUAAAUGUGAUGUGUAUUUAUGGGGUGGAGGUAGACAUGGUCAGCUAGGUGAGACUGGAAGAGGCGUGUCUUCACCUUCCUUAACAUCAUCGUUCUCAAACUCACAACAGGUUGUAUGUGGUCAAAACUGUACGUUUGUGGUACAUCCGAACGGGACUGUUUCAGCAUGUGGUGAAGGUAGUUAUGGUCGACUUGGACAGGGUAAUUCAGAUGAUUUACAUUCACUCACUACGAUAUCAGCAUUACAAGGUUUUGUAGUGACUAGGUUAGAAACAUCAUGCGGUUCUGAUGGCCAUUCCAUGGCGUUAACUGAAAGUGGGGAAGUAUUUAGCUGGGGAGAUGGUGAUUAUGGCAAACUUGGACAUGGUAAUAGUGAUCGACAGAGAAGACCAAGACAGGUUGAAGCUUUACAAGGAGAAGAAGUAGUACAGAUGACAUGUGGUUUCAAGCAUUCAGCAGUAGUAACAUCUGAUGGUAAAUUGUUUACAUUUGGUAAUGGUGACUAUGGUAGACUAGGUCAUGGUAAUACAUCAAAUAAGAAGAUACCGGAAAGAGUUAUUGCUUUGGAUGGACAGGCAAUUGGACAGGUUGCAUGUGGUUUGAACCAUACUGUAGCUAUAUCUGCUGAUGGCAAUACUGUGUUUGCAUUUGGUGAUGGAGACUAUGGUAAACUAGGGCAAGGCAAUUCUACAGCCAAGUCAUCACCUCAGAGAGUGGAUUCCCUGUGUGGAAUUGGAGUCAAGAAGGUUUGCUGUGGUACUCAGUUUACUGUGGCUCUCACUAAAGAUGGAAGAGUUUUCACAUUUGGACAAGAUCGUUUAACUGGCAUACCAGAAGGUAGAGGGAGACCGACUAACAAACCACAGCAAGUACCAGGCUUAUCCGGAUAUUACGUAGAUGAUAUCACUGUUGGUUCCGAACAUACACUUGCAUUAACAUCCAGUGGAGAUGUUUUUGCUUGGGGUAGCAAUGGUGAUGGUCAGCUUGGACUAGGUCAUACAAACUCAGUAAGGGAACCGACCAUGAUCAGUGCACUACAAGGAAAGAAUAUAAGACAGAUUUCUGCAGGACGCACUCACAGUUCUGCAUGGACAGCACCACCACCACCUAAAAGACAACCAGGUACCCCAGCACCAUUGCAAUUAGGUCAUCCUGAAACAAUUCCACCCCAAUUCACUGCAUUAAAAGAGUGCAGUGUAGAUUCUGUGAGAGCCAGGCUACGACUAUUACAUCAUUUCUCAGAUUUAAUUUAUUCAUCAUGGAGGCUGCUAAACUUGACUCCACAUCAGGUAAAUAUUGGUAAACAUAAUGCAGGCACUACAGGUCUUGUAAAUGGACAAUUGAGAUCACUGUUGGCACCUAGAGUCUAUACUUUGCCAAUGGUUAGAUCUGUUGGUAGAACUAUGGUACAAGGAAAGAACUAUGGACCACAAAUAACUGUUAAAAGACUUGCUACAAGAGGUCGGAAAUGUAAGCCCAUCUUUGUGCAGAUUGCAAAACAAGUUGUCAAGUUGAAAGCGGCUGAUCUUCGUCUACCAGCUAGAGCUUGGAAAGUUAAGCUAGUUGGUGAAGGUGCUGAUGAUGCGGGUGGUGUAUUUGAUGACACUAUUACUGAGAUGUGUCAAGAGCUACAGACUGGUAUUGUACCUUUAUUGAUACCAACUCCAAAUGCUUCAUCAGAAGCUGGACAGAAUAGAGACAGGUUUGUGUUGAACCCAUCGGCUAAUACUGAGGAGCAUCUAUCUAUGUUUAAAUUUCUUGGUAUACUAUUUGGAGUCGCAGUUAGAACUAAAAAGCCUUUAGAUUUGCAUCUUGCAUCAAUUGUAUGGAAACAAUUAUGUGGCAUGCCAUUAACCUCAGAUGAUAUAGAUGAAGUGGAUCUAUUAUUUAUGCAGACUCUGAGAGGCAUAAAAGAUAUUGAUAAAAGUGGAGUCACUGAUGAAAAUUUCCAUGAGGUAAUACCUCUGUACACCUUUGAAUGUCAAAGUGCUGAUGGUAGAUUUGUACCUGUUGUACCAGGUGGUAGAAGUUUACCGUUGACUUACAACAACAGAAAAGACUAUGUUGACAGGGCUCUUUAUUAUAGACAACAUGAAAUGGAUUGUCAAGUAGCUGCUGUCAGAGAAGGAAUGUCCUGGAUUGUUCCUGUACCAUUAUUAUCCUUAUUAACUAUGCAGCAGUUGGAACAAAUGGUUUGUGGUUUGCCACAUAUAUCAAUAGAUGUAUUGAAAAAAGUUGUCAGGUAUCGUGAAAUAGAUGAAAACCACCAUUUGGUCAACUGGUUGUGGCAGACAUUGGAGGAAUUCACUAAUGAAGAACGAAUCCUAUUCAUGCGAUUUGUAUCUGGACGUUCCAGAUUACCAGCAAAUGUUGCUGAUAUCUCACAAAGAUUUCAAAUUAUGAAAGUGGAUAGAUCAUUAGAUGGUCUACCUACUGCCCAGACGUGCUUCUUUCAACUACGUAUCCCACCAUAUACAAGUCAGCCAGUUAUGGCUGAGAAAUUAAGAUAUGCCAUCAACAACUGUAGAUCAAUUGACAUGGAUAACUACAUGCUAUCAAGAAAUACUGACACUGGAGCUCUAUCUGAUGAAGAGUUUUAGACACCAUACAAAUAAAUCAUCAAAAAUGUAUAGCGAGAAGCCUGAGACAGAAUUUUGUUAUGUUUUGAAUGGAUUUGUAAGCCUUUGCAAUUUAUUUAUACAUAGUUUACCUGGCAUUAAUGGUACUAAAUUCGACUGAUGCUGAAGCAGUUAUAAUUUAUUAAUUGAAUAUAGUAAAGCAGAUACUUUUAGUUUCCUCAGUCAACAUCAUGCAUGGAGUCAGCAGAUAUUUCCUGACUAAGGGUGCUCUUUCUUCAUCACUGCUCUAGUUUGCUUUAAAAAUGAUUGAAUGAUUUAUUUAUUUAUUAUCAGCUGAAAAACUAAUUUUUGUGUGUGUAUUAGAACCUAAAACUUUUACUGAUUGGCAUACAUGAUUCAUAAUUCAUAAUUAACUUAAAUUAAGUUUUAUAUGAUUUGUAUUCUUGGAAUUUCUUUUCAAUAAAAUCAUUAUAGACACCAAAAUGUAAUCUGUUUAUUUUAUUAUUUUUAAGUUUAAGUAGUAGUAAAGAGAACUGGACUUUGUGCUUUAUGAUGCUUAUCUUUGUUACUUGCCAUUUAAUAUAUAGACUGAGUGGUCUAACCAACAGUAUUAUUUUGCAUUGAUUAGUGAUGUUAAUUAGAAAUUACUGAAAUUGAGAUAUAUAUUACAUAACAAUUUUACACUGUUGAAGUUUAGUGAGAUUGAAAGAAAAUAUGGUUAUGCUAAAAAUGAAUAUGAUGUGGUUGAAUAAAUAAUAUGUCCUAUACAUAUAUGCCAUAU